GACAGGAGGACCAGAGAGGUCACACAUAGAUAAGGCUUUCUUUCUUCCUUUCCUUUCCUUCCCUCCCUCCAUCUCUGCCUUCUGCUCAUCAUCCUCCCCUCCCUCCCUUUUUAAUCCUAGAGUGUAUUGAGGGAACGAGGCUGAAUGUGGCAGAGAGACGCUAGGGAGAGAUAGAAAGAGACGCACAUACACACCGAGAGAGAGAAAACGCGCGCAUGGCGGACUCCACACACCCCAGGCGGUCCCGGGUGCUGUCUUGCUCAUCCUCUUCUGGCCGCAGAGAUGGCUCUUCUCCAGACAGGGCUGAGGCGAAGCCCAAAAAGCGAGCUUUCUAUCUGGUGCGAAUGAAGCCCCUGAAGGAGCCGGCGAUCAACAACAACAAUAACGUGUCUUUCGUGAUCCACUGUCACAUAGGCAAGGAGAUCAAGCACAUAUGCAGCAACUGCAGUUGCGGGAAAGAAGCCCGUGACGCUGAGGAAGUGGAGAGACUGGCUGCAAUGCGUUCGGACUCAUUGGUUCCAGGAACACACACCCCUCCUAUAAGGAGGAGAAGCAAGUUUGCCAAUAUAGGAAGACUUUUCAAACCAUGGAAGUGGAGGAAGAAGAAGAGUGAAAAGUUCAAGCACACAUCAGCAGCGCUUGAAAGAAAAAUAUCAAUGAGGCAAAGCAGAGAGGAACUUAUCAAGAGAGGAGUUCUGAAGGAAAUAUUUGAUAAAGAUGGAGAGCUUUCUAUACAGAAUGAAGAGGGAUCAUUGGAGAAUGGACAGGCGUUGAGUUCCAGCCAAGUAUCACUGCAAGCCCUAUCUGAACUGGAGCCAUGUUCAAUAUCUGGAGAUUCCUGUAGUUAUGAAGUGCUCCCGAAUCCAGAGGUCAUGGAUGGAACAGUGUCUGAAGAGAGCCCCACGUCCAGUGAAUCUGGAAUCCACCUCCCUCAAGAACCUACAUCUAAACCAGUCUUGCUACUCCCCCCUAAAAAAUCUGCUGCUUUCUCUGGAGAUCAUGAAGACACCCCAGUGAAGCAGCUUUCCCUCCUCAAACAACCCCCCGCCCUGCCUCCUAAGCCCAUUACCAAGAUUGCCAACCAUUUAGCUGAUCCUGGUGCUCCGAUGAAGCUGCCUUGUAUGCCAGUCAAGCUAUCACCUCCGCUACCUCCAAAGAAAGUCAUGAUUUGCAUGCCUUUAGGGGGACCCGAUCUCUCCCUCACAUCCUAUUCCACACAGAAGAACUCCCAGCAACCAUUGACUUCGCAUCAUCACACAGUCCUACCGUCACAGUUAGCAGCGCACCAGCAUCAGUACGGCAGCCACAGCCCACAUAUGCCUUCUGGAUCCAACACGUUACCCAUGCACCCUUCAGGAUGUCGCAUGAUCGAGGAGUUGAAUAAAACACUGUCCAUGACCAUGCAGCGGCUAGAAAGCUCCAGUUUACAUGGCGGUGACAGCCUCUCAAAAACUGGACCUGGAGGCCUUGCAGACAUGAGACAAGUGCCAACCGUUGUGAUUGAAUGUGAUGACGAUAAAGAAAAUGUGCCUCAUGAAUCUGACUUUGGCGAUUCUUCAUGCCUCUACGCAAGACAAGAAGAGGAUGAGGAGGAAGAAGAGGAAGAUGAUGACAGCUCGUUAUUUUCAAGCUCCCUGGCAAUGAAAGUUUGCAGGAAAGAUUCUUUAGCUAUCAAAUUGAGCAACAGGCCAUCCAAGCGUGAGCUGGAGGAGAAGAACAUCCUCCCCAUGCAGACAGAUGAGGAGCGGCUGGAGCUCAGGCAGCAGAUUGGCACCAAACUGACAAGGCGGCUGAGCCAGAGACCGACUGCUGAAGAAUUAGAGCAGAGGAAUAUUCUCAAACCACGGAAUGAGCAAGAGGAACAGGAAGAAAAACGAGAGAUCAAGAGAAGAUUAACCCGCAAGCUAAGUCAAAGGCCUACGGUGGAAGAGUUGAGAGAGAGGAAAAUUCUCAUCCGUUUUAGUGAUUAUGUAGAAGUGGCAGAUGCUCAGGACUACGACAGACGGGCAGAUAAACCAUGGACAAGGCUAACAGCUGCUGACAAAGCAGCAAUUCGUAAAGAGCUAAAUGAAUUCAAGAGCACUGAAAUGGAAGUUCAUGAAUUAAGCAGGCAUUUAACAAGGUUUCACAGACCAUAGGAACUGAAUAUGCUGCCAUCUUGAGAACGUAAUGGAAAAGAACCAUAAGUGCUGAUGUCAUUCAUUCCUUUGUUACGUACAGUGGUAAAUCUUCUGAACUGCCUUUCUAAAACCUAUAAAAACAUGCAGGAAAUGUGAGUUUUCUCAUCCUGGAAAUAACUUCCUCAUACAAUCUGUUGGCACAACAUUCAGCAACUGAGGCUAUCUUGGCAAGAAUCAUGCCUGGAGUUGGCACUUUUAAAUGCUGCUGUGUGGAGUCCCCAAGCCAUUCAUUCACAUUAGUGGUCUUUGUUUGGAUCCCGUCAGUCCUCUUUCAUCUCUGAAGGAAGCUGAGGCCCUUGGUAUUUGACACGGACAGAAGCUCUGCUGGACACAAAGCCACUGUUCUGGAACAACAUUUCUACCAAACAUUUCAUUCUGUGUGGAGCACCUUAGAACUUGAUGGGGUGAGCUGGGGAAAUAGAACCCACCUCAAAGGGUCCAUCUCUCUUUGACUUUCCAAGCCCCAUCACCUGCAGGAAGAUCUUUGGCUGACUGGUGGAUAUUCUUGAUUUCUACAGGACCAAGGAUUCUUCAUCAUCCAUUUCUCCUCUUCAAAUGAUUCUUUUGCUGCAAUGUUUGGAAGAGUUCAAGAUUGAAGAACUUUUCAUUUCUACAGUGGAACCUGUCAUACUGCCUUCUACCCUGCUGACUAUUUCAUGUUUCAUAUGGUCCUGUGUAGCAGUUCGAUAGCCUAGCUUGUCCUGGCGUGGCCUGUCAGCUUUACAUAGGUUUUUCCAAUUCACUAAUGUGCAAGACAGAAAAGACACAAGUUAAAGAGAACCUCAAGGUUGACUUUAUGCUGUAUGCUUGGGUGUUGAUUUUUGUUUUCUUCUUUUCACAGGAGGGAUUUCUAUUCUUCAAAGUGCUUCUUGGUAUAAAUAACUGAAUACGCUGUUGUGAAUGGCUCAGUCUUAAAUUGAGAACCAAAGCAUUUGGCAAAAGGCUAGAGAUGUGAUAUUGUUAUUAUUUAUCAUAUUUUAUAUUUUAUUUUAUUAUAUUAUUUCACGUUUAAGGUAUUGGUCUUCUCUUAGUAAGAUUAUCUUUGCACAUUGGAAAGAAUUAUGAACCCACCGUAAUCAAAACACUUUGGUGAUGUCUACUAACAUCUACAUCUAGUUCAGAUUAAACAUAUCUGAUUAUGCCUUUUAGGUAGAAACGUUGCCAUCUUGAACUUUUUGCCCAUCGAUACGAAUCACUAUAGAUAUGGCAGCUUUAGUUCUCAGACCUUCACUGGUGUAAAACUAUAAUCUGGGAUCCAAACAUGGUUAUACUUAGAGGAGACCCGUUAUAGUGAAUAGGGCUUAAUUAUACCAUAACUUAAGUACUAUUGAUUUCAGUGGGUCUCCUCCAAGAUGAUGGCUACUUAAAUUCAGGUGAUUUUAGUGGGCUUCAUCUAUUUAGGAUUAAAUAGAUUUUCUUUUAGAAAACAUGUAUAUAGAAGCACAUUUUAAUGGGUGACUACAAUGAUUCAGGUUAUUCUCCAAACUAAAACCUGAGUCACUGCAGUGCCCAUUACAAUCCUCAGAUUCCACUGAAUAGGUGAUUAAACUAGACUAAGAAAAUUCAUUUUUUCUUAUACAAUUUAGUUUGUCUAGUUUUGUUACUCUGGGUAUAAGAAAAAAGGAGAUGAAGUAAUAAGAGUACUUUGUUUUUAGAUAAAAGUACAUGUAUUGGUUUUUUUUAAAAAAAAUACAAAAAAUAAAAAGAUUACGACACCAUUAGUGGUCAGCAGAUGAAGUAGAUGGGCUUGUAGCUGGGUGAAUUGCUAAGACACUGUAAGCCGCCCUGAGUCUUCGGAGAAGGGCGGGAUAUAAAUGUAAACAAACAAAAAAAAAAAAGACUGUGGAGAUGGGAGGGUAGUGAAAAUGUUAAAUUCAUUUGCCCAGUUUGCACAGAGCAAAUCUAUGGCACAUAAGCCGUUUUUCAUACCUUGAAAACUGUCAUUUUAACAUAGCCAGUUUUCAACUGUCAUAGUCUCAUAGCAUUAUGAAAUAAUGGAGACCCGCUUGCCCAACAUACCAGCCUUUCUGCCCACCAACCCUUGAGUGAAACUCUUCCCCAUUGUUCAAAGACUUAAUUUUUCCCACCACCACAGAUUAUCUUUUUUUUUCUUUUUGAGAAGAAUUAAUAGGUUACAGAACUGAUCCUCUCUGCACAUCUGAAUUUCCAGAUGACUUUAACUCCCAAUCCAGGUACUACCUGUCUCCUGCCUCUUUACCUAUGGGGAGUAAAAGACCAGGACCACACAUGAAGGUUCAAUGGAACUGCUAAAAGCCCAGGCACAAGAAUCUUCUCAACUAAUGGUCAGCAUCCUGUUUAAAGUUAGAUAAGGGUCAAUGGCACUCAAGGGGGGAUUGGACUUAGUUCAUUUGAACUAUGUAGGGCAGGAGUGUCCAAACUUGGCAACUUUAAGACUUGUGGACUUCAACUCCCAGAAUUCCUCAGCCAGCUUUGCUGAACUCUGGGAAAUGAAGUCCACAAGUCUUAAAGUUGCCAAGUUUGGAUACCCCUAAUGUAGGGAUUCUAGGCUGAUCCCCCUUUUCACUCUGCCCCCAGGUACUGCCAGUCCUUCUCUUACAUCAUCUUCCAUAAAAGUGAAAGCAUUUUUGUCCAUGUUGGAAGACACAGGGAAUAAUAACUCCUUUAUUUUUAUGCAGGUAAAAAUAAUGGAAUCUUGAUGGAAUCAAGAAAUAGGGCAUAACUAAUUCAUACAAUGGAACCAUAUGGUGUAGCUUAUCAAAACGGAGGGUUGUUUUGCUUUCUGCAUACAAAUCUUUUCAGGUUUUUGUGCGCAAAAUAUUUUAUUCCAAUCCUUACCAUUCAUACAAGUUGCAAAUUCUUGAAUUGGGCAAAGCUCUUUAUCCGUUUUCAAAAAGUCGAAGUUAUCAGCUGAGGUCCCACCAAUUCAAUGUUUAAAUGAUUAUUCCCUAAGCUCUUUUGUGAAAAAUAGCUUAUUUUUGAAGAUUGAAUAGUGUUUGGUCUUUCUAAAGCACAGUCAGCUAUUUUUCUUAUUCAGAGUCAGCUGAAACAUCGAGUAUACUCCACUGCUAUGUCAAAUUUAACUAUUUUCACCACUAAAAUCUCUGGAUAUGGGCGAAAAGAAGCUAUUGUUGUUGCCCUAUUCCCAUUCAUUUCACCAGGGCUUGAGUAGGGUGUAUUUUGUUUAAAUGGAGAUGGGAAGUCAUUUUCCUAGCAUAUUAAAUUUAUUUCUAAGCCUUUGUUGUUCACAUGAAGCUCUCACAGACAUCUAUUUUCCACUCCUGGAGGAACCGUUUCCCCCCCUAAUCUCUAUGAAAGAAUGAUGAUUGUAAAUCUUGCAAAAGGCACACAAGGUUGCAAGUUAGUCCCGCAUCCAACUUGAUUAGACAGCUUAAUUUAACAGUUGCAGGACUAGAAAUGAGGAUUCCAGUUGCUCUCCAAGUUAUUCUGAAACUGGUACAUUUCCCAGGCCCUCUUCCCAUCAAAUGAAUGUACAUAGUUUUUGUCUUUGUAUAGGAGUGAAUGUGGUGACAGUCAAGACUGUGAUCUUCCAGUAUUGUAAUUUAACAGAUUAUGGCUGUAUGAAAAAACGAUGAUGAUAAAAUGUAAAUAUCUAGAGAAAACACUAAAGUGAAUCUCUACAUCUAGAGUUUCAAUUUGUACAUACUGAAACUGCAUGGUAUUUAAAUUGUCUUGGAUGUAUGCAGUUUCUUUAAAAAAAAGUUUCAAAGAAAAAAAUGCUCUGGUUUUCUUUCUUCUGUCUGUUACAUGUUCAGAGACGCUCAGGAAUCAAAAUUUGUUCCAGAAGCCACCUUAAAAAGACCCCACCAAGCAAUUUGGUCAUUGGUUUUGGAGAUUAAGCAAUCUCAUUUGCCCUUUUUACAUUUUAAUUUUUUUUUCAUUGUUUUCAGUUUUUCAGAAAUCAUAGCUAUGGUUUCAAUUCACCGGGGAAAAAAAUGCAGUUAAUUAUUUUGUCAAAUUCUGCCAAGUCUCCUCUUUUAGUACUCUUAGCCCUGGACAGUUAUUGAUUGAAGAGUGUAUCGCUGAAUUAAUUACACUCCACAAAGUAAGCAGUUCCAUCCUUAAUCUUUGUAUGCAAAACUGAGUGAUGAGUUUUCCACUAACAUUCACAUGGUAAUAUUUGACUUCUGAGCAUUGUGGAAAAAAACUUCUAUGAGCUCUUUCUAAACUAAUCUAAUAUAGAUUUGUUCAGGUGAAAACCUUUGCAGAACAUUAAACAGAACAGCCUGCCUCUGAAGAAAGAUUUGAAUUUCAUUAGUCUGGCACCUUAUUUUUAAAUAGCAAUUCACACUUGACACAGUGAGGACUCUUGCACUGCUGUGGAAGAAAAUAAAAUUUGAAGAAGGGAUCGAGCCAUUAUCAGAAGUCUUUUGUUGCUCACACACUGUCAAUGUUACCUUAAUCAUAAAGUAAUCUGCAUUUUAAGCAUAUGAAUGGAAAGGCAAUACAUUUAUUUUCUAUAAUAAAAAUAAAUCCACUCUAUUAUGAGUUGCUGAUGGCUGCAGAACCUAAAACCUCUUCCAGAAGAUCUGUGGUGCUACAGUAGUUAGAAUGCAGUAUUGCAGGCUAACUCUGCCCACUGCCAGGAGUUCGAUCCCGACUGACUCAAGGUUGACUCCACCUUCCAGUCUUCUAAGGUCGGUAAAAUGAGGACCCAGAUUGUUUGGGGGCAAUAUGCUGACUCUGUAAACCGCUUAGACAGGGCUGUAAAGCACUGUGAAACAGUAUAUAAGUCUAGGUGCUAUUGCUAUCUCUGAUAUUCAAACUCUGAUCCCAUUUCCUCUGUUGGUUUAGCAGCUUAGUAAUUCCUGCUGCCAGAAUCCAUCUUCUGGGGUGGAGUAAGGAAUAAUUACUUCAUUUGGUAUACAAUGUUUAGUCUUGGCAUGAGAGGAAAAAAUCAGUCACGUCCAAUGCUGCCCUUUAUCGAAAUAAAAAGUUCAAAUAAUUUAUAUAAUGCCAUUUCCUUGCUGCAUAGGGGAGAGUAAUGGUGGCUACAAGGUUCAACCCUUCUUCUCCCUUUGAGACACAAAUCAAUCCCACAGGAUACACACACACACACACACACACACAUAUAAAAUCAAACUUUAUUAAAAACAGAAAAUGUAAAAUGUAAAGACCAAAACCUAUUUUGAAAUGUAGUAUUAAAAGUUAGACAUUCAAGGUGGAGGAUAAUUACAGAACUGUCCAGAUCCUGGUCAUACAGCAGCUUACAAAUUUAAGAAAGAAAAAUCUAAAAACAAAACCCAAUUCUCUAGACAGACUAGAAGUUGGACAGCGGAUCUAAUUCAAAGAAAACAUUCUGUCCU